CUCGCAGCUGAGGGUGGGCGUGCCGCUGGAAGUGCCUUCAUACGCCUAUUUGCAGCUGGUCACUUUGUCCCACAUCCAGCAUCCAUCUGCAGCGUAGAAAUAUGCGCGAUCCCCCUUCUUUACGCUGCAGACAUAGGGACCCCAAAAUGCGCGCCUUUAUUCUCCUAAUUUGUUUUGGUCCCUUAGUCUGGGGCCAACAACGUGACUCUGGUGAUGGAAAUGAUGUUACCUCCCGCAGACUGCUGGAUUUUGCUCCAGGCAAAGAGCCGACGCAGAUGAAAUUAUCUCUGGCUAAGGAAAAAAAGCCCCUGAUUCAGGAGCUGUCGGUGAAGACCACCAUCAUCUCGCGCUACGCUUUCACAGCGGUCUCCUGCACCAUGGUCAAUAUAUACUCUGCCGCAAUUAAGGGCGUCUUCCAGAUUGAAUUCCCUGCGUCCGCCUUCGUCUCUAACUUUACAAGGAUCAUCGCAGGUCGAGUCUAUCCCAGUCAGAUCAAGGAGAAGAAGGCUAAGGGGGGCAAAGAGAGGGACAGCCAGCCACAGAGAGAGGAACAAAGUGCAGCAGGCGAGGGUGAGGUGGAGACUUUCCAAGCGUCGGCCCUGAUUCCUGGGAAGAACAGAGCAGUAUUCUUGCUCACGUAUGAGGAGCUGCUGGUGAGGAGGCGGGGCCUGUAUGAGCAUGUGACCAGCAUACGUCCCCUGCAGGUGGUCAAUAAGUUGUCAGUCCAGGUCACUAUAGUAGAGCAGUCUAAGAUCACACACCUGGAGGUGUUGCCAUUGCGUAAAGGGACUCCCACCAAUGACCGUUCAGCUGGCACCCAAGGUAACACUGAACCCCCAGCCUCUACAGUCAUCCAACAGAAUACCACCUUCUGCAAAAUAUCCUUCAAUCCCAGUAUUAUCCAGCAGCACAAGAUGGCCAGCAAUGGCAUCCUGGGAGAUUUUGUUGUACAGUAUGACGUGGAGAGAGAGCUGCCGAUUGGUGAUAUUCAGGUCUUAGACGGACAUUUUGUGCAUUAUUUUGCACCAAGGAAUUUGCCCGUAGUCCCAAAGAAUGUGGUGUUUGUGAUAGACAUCAGUGCCUCCAUGCUGGGCACCAAAAUCAGACAGACAAAGGAAGCCCUCUUUACCAUCCUGAGGGACCUUCGGCCCAAUGACCACUUCAACUUCGUGAGCUUCUCCAACCGGAUAAAGGUGUGGAAGCCCAAUCAGCUGGUGCCAGUUACACCGGACAAUAUCCGAGAUGCCAAGAAGUUUAUCUACCUGGCCUCUCCAAGCGGAGGUACCGACAUCAACCGAGCGAUGGAGACGGGCUCCUCGUUGCUGAGCGGCUAUCUCUCCAGCCAGGAUCGGAGCCGCAACAGCGUGUCGCUGCUCAUCUUCCUGACGGACGGCAGGCCCACUGUGGGCGAGGUCAAGCCUCCCCGCAUCCUCAGUAACGCCCGGUCCUCAGUGCGCGGCGGAUUCUGUGUCUUCACCAUCGGCCUGGGCGACGACGUGGACUACCGGCUGCUAGAGCGCCUCUCGCUGGAAAACUGCGGCACGACGCGCCGCAUCCCUGAGCAGGCGGACGCCAGCGCCAUGCUGAAGGGAUUUUACGACGAGAUUGGCACACCGCUCCUCUCGCACGUGCGUGUUGCGUACGAUGAGGAUGCUGUAGAGUACGUUACCCAACAGACCUUCAGCAACUACUUCAAUGGCUCCGAGAUCGUCAUCGCCGGCAAGCUGACCAAUCAGAGCGCAGAGUCUCUGCAUGUGCAGGUCCUGGCCAAUAGCAGUGAAGGGGGCAUGGUGCUGGAGACAGACGUGCCGCUGCAGGAGCGUGAGAGGAAACUGCAGCAGCAUAUAGUGGAGGCGGGCCUUGACCCUAAGGCAGAGAACUAUGCAGAGCGGGCAUUUGGCUUCCUCAGCGUCAAGGAGAGCCUGAAGUCACGCCUGCGCAGUCAGACAAGUCAGGACAGGGUGGAGGCCACCAAGAAAGCCACAAACCUGUCACUGGCCUACCACUUCCUGACCCCGCUGACGAGUAUCACCUUAGAGACACCCAACACCCUUGUCCAGGAGGUCAUACCUGACAGCGCCAUCGAACUGUCAGCACAUACCAGUGAGGAAAUUACCCAGAGUACUCAGGGGGGCCCUGAGCUGUCAGCCUUGAAGAAACCUGAUGAGGAACUAGUCGAAAUUUCCAAGACUUCAGCGGAUGGUGACCCCCACUUUAUGGUGGACUUUCCUCUCAACAAGCUGACCAUGUGUUUCAACAUCAAUGGAGAGUCAGGGCAGGUGCUUCGACUGGUUUCUGACCCCAAAAACUCUGGAGUAACAGUCAAUGGGAAACUGAUUGGGGCUCCAGCACCAACUGGGGCCCACAAAAAGAACCGAACCUACUUCAGUACCAUUACUGUGAUGGUGGACCGACCCAGACGGUCCUAUGUGGAAGUCACACCAUACCAAGUUAUCGUCAACGGCACAGACCAGUUUGUACUGCCUGUCAAUACCACCAUCUCCGUGGAGACUGAUGAACUGGCAGUGGCUAUUGUAGAACAGUCAAACGUCACCGUCACCAUACAUGGGAACAUUGGCUUCCUCAUCGCCAUUCAUCAGUUCCGGAACCCAGCACCAUUUCAGCGCGACCACUUAGGUUUCUACAUCACAAACAGUAAAGGAUUGUCAGAGAAUUCCCAUGGGCUACUGGGCCAGUUUCUGUAUCAGGAAGUGGGCCUUGUGCAGUUGCCCAUGGAUGCUAUAGCACCCAUGCAGCCGGAUGCUUUCAGCAGAAAACGUGAGGUUCCAGCAAAGACGACAGCAAACAACACUCAGCCAGUCAUCCCGACCAAGAUGCCACCAAACUUAAUGAAGACCACGCAGCUGACAGAUACCGUGGAGCUGAAAACACAGAUCCAAACCACACACCCAACACUGGACUCACAGCCCAAGGUGCUAACAAGUAAAAAUUCAUCUGACGAAAACAUGUUGACAAAGACCUUGUCCUCUAAGCAUCCACUCAAGACAGAACACCUGGAAUUUCUGGAAAAGACAUCAAAGCUUGAUACAAAGAUCUUGCAGGACAAGACCCCAGCCAAAACUGCACAGUUAGAGGUCCUUACAAACAGUAUACGUUACAGACGCUCCACAGAGUACAUGUCAUCUAUGGUUGCAAGAGAACACAUACAGCUAAAAGUCUCUACAAACACCAUACAAAGUAAGGGCCCUCCAAACACAAACACCACACAAAAUAAGGGCCCUCCAAACACAAACACCACACAAAGUAAGGGCCCUCCAAACACAAACACCACACAAAGUAAGGGCCCUCCAAAUACAAACACCACACAAAGUAAGGGCCCUCCAAAUAUAAACACCACACAAAAUGGUACCUUCACUGCCCUGCACAUCAAAGGCCACACACUCGCUGUGACUAUGAAAACCAGGAGGAUUUACAGCAGCAUGCAGAUUGUUGACUGCUGGUUCAUUAAGAACAGUGCCACCAAACUGAUUGAUGGCCAGUAUGGGGACUAUGUGGUGUCAGACCUCUAUGACACGAGUCCUGGUCCCCAUGGAAACAACUGA